AGACGAAUCUCCAUUUCCCUUCCUUCGUCGGGAUUAGGAAUUGUACCUCCACUCCCUUUCUCGCCGGCUUUCGAUUUUCCAGAUCCGGCACUCCAUAAUUCCGAUUAACCUUUUCUUCCCUUUAAAACGCUAUUCUCAAUAUGAUGCAACAGCCGGGAUCCGGAGUAGCCCCUCAGCAGAUGCCUGCUGAUCAGCAGUACCAACAACAGCCCCCGCAGCAGUGGAUGAUGAUGCAGCAGCAACAGCAGCCUGUUCCACCUCCUUCUGGUUGGACACCGCCACCUGUACCUCCCCCUUCUCAGUAUGGUGUUCCUCAGCCGGUUGCGCAGGGUGCUGCCAGUGCAGAUUCUUCCGAGAUCCGAUCGUUGUGGAUUGGAGACUUGCAGCAGUGGAUGGACGAAAAUUAUGUCUUCAGCAUCUUCGCCAGUACCGGGGAGGUUGUUUCUGCUAAGGUCAUUAGGAAUAAGCAGACAGGCCUCCCAGAGGGUUAUGGUUUCAUUGAGUUUGUUUCUCAAGCAGCAGCAGAGAGGACCUUGCAGACAUAUAAUGGGACACUAAUGCCAAAUAGUGAGCAGAAUUUCAGGCUUAAUUGGGCUACUCUUUCUGCCGGUGAGAGGCGGCAAGACGACGGCCCUGAUUAUACUAUUUUUGUUGGAGACUUGGCUACUGAUGUCAAUGAUUACCUAUUGCAAGAAACAUUUAGAAAUGUUUACACAUCUGUGAAAGGUGCAAAAAUCGUCACUGAUAGGGUCACUGGACGCUCCAAGGGCUAUGGGUUCGUGAGGUUUGCUGAUGAAAAUGAGCAAAGGCGCGCCAUGGUUGAAAUGAAUGGACAGUACUGUUCUACUAGGCCCAUGCGGAUUGGUCCAGCUGCUACAAAAAAACCUGUGACUCAGCAAUUUCAGAAAGCUUCUUUUCAGAAUACUCAAGGAAAUCAGGGCGAGAAUGAUCCAAAUAAUACAACUAUAUUUGUUGGGGCCUUAGAUCCAAGUGUUUCAGAUGACCAUUUGAGACAAGUGUUCAGUAAAUAUGGUGAGCUAGUACAUGUGAAAAUACCCGCUGGCAAGCGAUGUGGAUUUGUUCAGUUUGCUAACAGGGCUUGUGCUGAACAAGCAUUAUUGAUGUUGAAUGGAACCCAGUUAGCAGGGCAAAGUAUUCGGCUUUCAUGGGGGCGCAGUCCUUCAAACAAACAGGCACAGCCAGAUCAAAGUCAAUGGAAUGGAGGAUAUUAUGGAUAUGCACAAGGAUAUGAUGCAUAUGGAUAUGCAUCUUCCCAAGACCCUAACAUGUAUUAUGGUGGCUAUCCUGGAUACGGAAACUACCAGCAACCAGCAACUUUCCAACAGCCACAGCAGUGAUGUUGCUGUGGUGGAUGUAGACAAAGUUGGCCCUAAUCCUCGGCAGCAGUUCGCGUUCCGCAGACCAUUGUACAAUGCUUGAUGUUUGGAAGUAGGCUUUUGACCUAUUUUGUAGUGAUAUAGUGAUUAUUAGUGUGUUUGUUUUGGGUGUGCAUCACGACAUACGAUGCAUGUUGAAAUUGUCAGAUAUUGCUUUUAUGUUGUGUCCAGUACAACUUCUUACUUUCAAUUUAUUAUGGUAUUGCUUGUGCUUCCUGUGGA